GCGUGUCGGCAGGUGGAGGGAGAAGGGAAAGUUUGGCCCGUGCUUGGGGUUCGGGUGGAGGGCGGGACGGAGGGGCAGGGCCGGGGAGAAGCUCGUUUCGCGGGGCCGCGGAGGCUGAGGCCGGCUCGUGGGCUGGGCUGGGGACUGCGGGACGCGGAGCCGCAGGAGGCGAGGUCGGCCGCAGCCGCGCGUCCCCGCCUCGGGGCCGCGCUUGACCCGCGCGCCCCGGCGUUGUGCGCCCCAAGGCUGGGCCAAGCGGCGGGUUGGGGGCGGCGGCUGGGCGUGGGAAGGAGCGCGGCGAGGUGACCCGAGUGCCUGGAGCGUGAGGAGCACGGAGCCAGGCGCUGCAGCCGUCAUGUCCGAGGACUCGAGCGCCCUGCCCUGGUCCAUCAACAGGGAUGACUACGAGCUGCAGGAGGUGAUCGGGAGUGGAGCAACUGCCGUGGUCCAAGCAGCUUACUGUGCCCCCAAAAAGGAGAGAGUGGCAAUCAAACGGAUAAACCUGGAGAAGUGUCAGACUAGCAUGGAUGAGCUCCUGAAAGAAAUUCAAGCCAUGAGUCAAUGCCAUCAUCCUAAUAUUGUGUCGUACUACACAUCUUUUGUGGUAAAAGAUGAGCUGUGGCUAGUCAUGAAGCUGCUAAGUGGAGGUUCUGUUCUGGAUAUUAUUAAACACAUUGUGGCAAAGGGGGAGCAUAAGAGUGGAGUUCUGGAUGAGCCAACCAUCGCUACCAUCCUGCGAGAAGUCUUAGAAGGAUUGGAAUACCUACAUAAGAAUGGGCAGAUUCACAGAGAUGUGAAAGCUGGAAACAUUCUUCUAGGAGAAGACGGCUCUGUGCAGAUUGCAGAUUUUGGUGUUAGUGCUUUUUUAGCCACUGGUGGUGACAUUACCAGAAAUAAAGUGAGAAAGACGUUUGUUGGCACCCCAUGCUGGAUGGCACCGGAAGUUAUGGAGCAGGUUCGAGGUUAUGAUUUUAAAGCUGAUAUCUGGAGUUUUGGAAUCACAGCGAUUGAACUGGCCACAGGGGCAGCUCCAUAUCAUAAAUAUCCACCAAUGAAGGUUUUAAUGCUGACACUCCAGAACGAUCCUCCUUCUUUGGAAACUGGUGUUCAAGAUAAAGAAAUGCUGAAAAAAUAUGGAAAAUCAUUUAGAAAAAUGAUUUCACUGUGCCUUCAAAAGGAUCCAGAAAAAAGACCAACAGCAGCAGAACUGUUGAGGCACAAGUUUUUCCAGAAAGCAAAGAAUAAAGAAUUUCUUCAAGAAAAAAUACUACAGAGAGCACCUACCAUUUCUGAAAGAUCUAAAAAGGUCCGCAGAGUCCCCGGCUCCAGCGGCCGUCUCCAUAAGACAGAGGACGGAGGCUGGGAGUGGAGUGACGAUGAGCUUGAUGAGGAGAGCGAGGAAGGGAGAGCUGCCAUUUCUCAGCUCAGGUCUCCCCGAGUAAAAGACUCAUUAUCAAAUUCUGAGCUCUUCUCAGCAGCUGAUCCCGUGGGGACUUUACUUCAAGUUCCAGAACAGAUUUCUGCGCAUCUACCUCAGCCAGCUGGCCAGAUGCUCACACAGCCAGCUCAAGUCUCUCUCCUGCCCCCUGCAGAGCCAACAAAACCAGCACAGGCUCAGUCUUCAGGAGAACGGUCCCAGGAGACCAAGAUCCCUAUCAGUCUAGUGCUAAGAUUAAGGAAUUCCAAAAAAGAACUAAAUGAUAUUCGAUUUGAAUUUACUCCUGGGAGGGAUACAGCAGAAGGUGUUUCUCAGGAACUCAUUUCUGCUGGCCUGGUCGAUGGAAGGGAUUUAGUAAUAGUGGCAGCUAAUUUGCAGAAAAUUGUGGAAGAACCUCAGUCAAAUCGAUCUGUCACUUUCAAACUGGCAUCUGGUGUUGAAGGCUCGGAUAUUCCUGAUGAUGGCAAGCUGAUAGGAUUUGCCCAGCUCAGCAUCAGCUAAACCACAGUCCUGGAAGAGUCAGCCUAGGAGAUGCCACACAUGCACAUGUCUGUUGCUUCUGUUGGCCUGAACCUACAACUGCCAAAGAACCCAGCAACGAACCUCCCAGCUUGGAGCUUUAGUUUUUUCUUUAUGUUUUUCUUGCCACCCCCUUCUCACCUCCCUUUUCCUACAAGGAAAGAAAAGUUGGAUCACCAGUGGCCAGCAUUUCCUCAGAGAGUUCUGUUGGUAGACACGCUGCUCAUGUCCCCUCUCCCUCCAUCUGAGAAGCAGAAGUGGCCAUUGUGCCUCAAGGCCCAGGAUGGAAGUCUCUCAACUCAUUCUUGCCUUACUACAGUGAUGGCCCCAGUGGUUAGAGCAGCUGCACUGGGCAGCCUCAUCUUGCCUGCUCUCCCACACCUGCUGGGACAUGAGCAUCUUGGGAUAUCUCUUUAACACUCAAGUAGCAAUUAAAAGUUGAUUGUUCAGCUGGAACCCAGAGAAUUUAAUUACUGUUUUUUUUCUUUGUACCUGAUGUGAAUUCUAGCAACCUUUGUUAGGAAAAAGCACAGCCUCGAAUGGAGGCAGCCUAAACUCUUGUCUGUCCUCUUCAUGGUGUCUCUUACGUGUUUUGCUGAGCUGUUCUCAGGCACCCCCUUCACUGCUCCCUCCAGAAAGGGUUGCUAGCCUUAACCUCAGCUGGUGCGAAACAUCUGACUGUAGUCAGACUUCAGCCAUCUGCUCCUUCAGAGUGCAACUGUGGAGUGUUUGUGCAGAAAGCAUCAAGCAGUGGCGUACAAAUCUUAUCUUGCCAGAGGUAGUUUUUGAACAAGAAAAAGAACUUUGUAAAUCAUAUCAUUGGGAAAGUAUUUUCAAUAUUUAAAAAAAUUAAACUGAAGAAAAACUGAUCUUUGAUCCUCCUGUGAAGAUGGAUUUGCCUCUAAAUCAUGAGGAAAUGGUGUACACGACUGAGAUUUUUACAGCAAUAAAGGAGAUUCACACUAGGCUAGAGGCCUGCCUUCUGCUCCUCUCUUGCACUGACUCCGUGGAGGGGGUCUUCAUCCACUAAACUGACCCAAGAUGGAACAUGAAACCACACGUGCCGUGACCUUUAGGUUUACGAGUAGACAGUGUUGAUGUGAUUUUCUACAGAAAUUAUGUAACUUAUUCUUUAGGUUUAAAAAAAGAGCUCAAUGCAAUAUGGGAAUAAUCAGUGAGGUUGAUUUUUUUUUUCCUACUGUUAAAUAGCAUUUGUCUAAUUGCUAAUAAGCCUGCCAAGUUACCAAAUUUUAUAUAAGAAUGGAAUAGUCAGUCUGGCCUUAAAGAGACACACAAAGAUGGGCUGUGGGCCCCUAGAAAAGGACUAGUUAGUUGCCUUUUAUAGAGUUCCUUGCACCUGCCAUUGUUGGUUUGAUGAACAAGAUUAGGUACCCAGUAUGUUCCCACCCUCAGCCCAUCUCACCCAGUUCUGAGGAUCAAACCAUAGCAUUGCUCCUGCAAGCAGCUCUGUGGACUUUUCUCUUAGAACACACCUAAAAGCUUCCUAACUUGUGCCACCUCAUGGUUUCAUUUAUGCUGAGCCUGUAGUUUCAGUCAUGGACUUUCGUAUUAUUGAAUGCAAAGGCAUGUUGAGAAAGGUGUUAGAGAGGAAGAGAAGAUGGAUUUGAGAGAGGGGUUGGGAGAAGGUCCCAAGGUCCCAGCAGGUUGGUAAAAGGAGGAACCUGCUGAGCUAGGAGGGAGAAAAAAGAUUGACCAGCUAGUUUGCAAACCAUUUUUCUUUCUUCUUUCCCCUACUUGUUAGAGGUAGGGUUAUGAGGAAGCAAAGACGGGGAGGUGGGAUUGCGUAUGGGAAGCAGAUAAUGUUACCUUUGCAGAAGACUCAUGGCUUGCUGUAGAAUCCAAUUUGGUUUCAGCAGCUUGACUCACUUAAUUCACUUAAUGGCUCAGAAAGGAAUUUGAUAUCACUCUUCUGGCUUUUGACUUGGGGUGGUCCAGUGCCAGCCUGGAAGUAAGCAGCAGCCCAUCUCCUGUUCACAUUCUCUAGACGAUCAUCACGUCUGCCUUGCUGUGGCAGACAGACAUGACAGUAAAAGUGUCCCAGGGCUCUUUUCCGUUCAUUGUUUGCUUUUUUGGCAACUAGGAGGUCUGCACUAAGACCCAGGACAAUGUUACUUCUCUGUGAUGUGUGGUGACUUCCCUCUGCUGUCUUAUGCAGUGAUUGAUGGUGAGAGAACCAGUCAGUGGAAACUGCCUAGGUGGGCCAGCUUGGAACCCAGGGAGCUGGAGCAGUGCUUCCAGGAGUACUCUGUCACUAAGUCCUCAAGAUACCUUUGUCCCUGGAGUAAGGACUAACUGUAGCACAAGAUAGCAUGUGCCAAUAUAGCCAAGAUAGUAUGUGAAAUGGUCUUUCUAAAUGAUAAGGAAUCAUUUGGGUUGGUUCUUGUUUUUUUUUGUGUGUGUGUGUUUUCCCUUCUGUUUUCAACCAAAUCCUAGAGCCAGCUGAGACUGCUAAGUAAUCUGAAGGCUAGAGCAAGGAUGUACCAGUAAUGUCAGUUCCUCCUUAGGAUGUUUGCUGGAUGGUGGAAAAUGUAAAAUAUUACCUUCUUCCUCUUCUCUUGUAUUUUACUGCAUGGUUUUGUUUUUGUUUUUGUUUUUUUGUUUUUUGUUUUGAUUUUUAAUCAAUAAAGAGUAAAUUGUCCUUAA